AUGACAGAGGUCCUGAGACGCUGCCCCCACCAUGAGCUUUGCUCCGAUGAUGGCCUGGCUCCUCCCCAGCGUUUUAUCCGGGUGAAAGGAAAUUUGUAUGCUGAGUAUCUGGACAACAGGCAGACUUUUCGGCACAGUGUGGUGGUACCGUGUGAGCCACCUGAGGUUGGCUCUGAAUAUACUACCAUCCACUACAAGUACAUGUGUAAUAGCUCCUGCAUGGGGGUCAUGAACAGCCGUCCUGUCCUUACCAUCAUCACACUGGAAGACUCCAGUGGAAACCUUCUGGGACUGGACAGCUUUGGGAUUCCUGUUUGUGCCUGUCCUGGGACAGACCUUCAUACAGGGGAAGAAAAUUUUUGCAAAAAGGAAAAACAUUGCCACGAGCUGCUCCCAGGGAGUGCUAAGUGA